CCAAGCGAUGCUGGGGAGCCACCAGCGGCGCGGUCACUGGGCAGGCGAGGGGGACGGCGCUGGAGAGGCCCGAAGGGGGUGAACUCGAGAGAACCACGGGAGACCGGGACAGAUGGGUCAGUCCCGAACGGGAGCGCAGCUUGCAGAAGAGAGGCGCCCCAGCAAGACUCUUUCGGGGAAUCCUCCAGUUCCUCAUCUCCAUGGGCCAGACGGCCUUGGCAGGGGGCAGCAGCAGCACCCCCACCCCACAGGCUCUGUACCCGGACCACUCUUCUCCCGAAGGCUUGGAGGAACUGCUUUCUGCUCCGCUUCCAGACCUGGAGACUCAACGGCGCCACGGCUGGAACCCCAAAGACUGCUCAGAGAACAUCGUGGUCAAGGAAGGGGGAUUGUGCUUUGAACGGCGGCCCGUAGCCCAGAGCACUGAUGGGGCCCGGGGUAAGAGGGGCUACUCGAGGGGCCUGCACGCCUGGGAAAUCAGCUGGCCCCCGGAGCAGCGGGGCACCCAUGCCGUGGUGGGUGUGGCCACGGCCAACGCCCCGCUGCAGGCCGACCACUACGCGGCGCUGCUGGGCAGCAACAGCGAGUCGUGGGGCUGGGACAUUGGACGAGGAAAGCUGUACCAUCAGAGUAAGGGGAUAGGGGCCCCCCAAUAUCCAGCCGGACCUCAGGGUGAGCAGCUGGAGGUGCCGGAGAGGCUGCUGGUGGUUCUGGACAUGGAGGAGGGAACUCUGGGCUACGCUACUGGGGGCACCUACCUGGGACCAGCCUUCCGCGGACUGAAGGGCAGGACCCUCUAUCCGGCGGUAAGCGCUGUCUGGGGCCAGUGCCAGGUCCGCAUCAGCUACCUCGGCGAAAGGAGAGCGGAGCCGCACUCCCUUCUGCACCUGAGCCGCCUGUCUGUAUGCCAGGCACUGGGGGCUGCCCGACUGGGCCAGGUAUCUGCUCUGCCCUUGCCCCCUGCGAUGAAGCGCUACCUGCUCUACCAGUGACCCUGUGAUGCCACAGAUUGCAGGGCCUUGAUGCCAUCCCUCCCAAGAAUGGGAGGGGAGGCACUGCUGGCUUAGACCAGCUACUUAAAUCCAGGGAGCCUGGCAGGGAGGCGAGGCUGGGCCCCUACCCCCAACCCAGUCUGUGGGGAGCUCAACAGCCCCGGAGCCACCCAGGGGUGAAGAGAAAGAGCUGUUAUUCAAGGCUUUGGUGCCCUGGUA